AUGCCGGUUUCACGAAACUAUUGGUAUCGUAUAUGGGGAGCACAUAGACAUCCUUUUGCAUUAAAAGAAGCCGAUCUUUAUUCACGUCGUAUAGAUCAACGUUUACGUACAUAUUUAGUAAUGGAACAACAUGGACCAGGCAAAAGUCAUGCUCCAUCACAAUAUGAUAUUUUACGCCAACCAAGAUAUAAAACACGUUGGAUUAAAACUUGGAAUGCUGAUAGUCCUAUAGAUACUAAACGUAUUUUUAAUGAAGUACGUCAAAAAUAUAAAUAUGAAAAUCCAUAUGAUGAAAUAUCAAAAUAA